ACCCACUCGGUUUCCGCGUGUCCGGCGACUCCGCGGCUACCGGCCCCACGAUCCUGCAGCAUGGCGGUCAAGAAGAUAGCGAUCUUUGGCGCCACUGGCAGGACCGGGCUCACUACCCUGGCUCAGGCGGUGCAAGCAGGUUAUGAAGUGACGGUGCUGGUGCGAGACCCGUCCAGGCUGCCUUCAGAGGGGCCCCAGCCGGCCCACGUGGUGGUGGGAGAUGUUCGGAAGGCAGCCGACGUGGACAAGACCGUGGCUGGGCAGGACGCUGUUGUUGUGCUGCUGGGCACCGGCAAUGACCUCAGUCCCACCACAGUGAUGUCCGAGGGCGCCCAGAACAUUGUGGCAGCCAUGAAGGCUCACGGCGUGGACAAGGUCGUGGCCUGCACCUCGGCCUUCCUGCUAUGGGACCCAGCCAAGGUGCCCCCACGGCUGCAGGACGUGACCAAUGACCACAUUCGGAUGCACAAGGUGUUGCAGGAGUCAGGCCUGAAGUACGUCGCUGUGAUGCCGCCCCACAUAGGAGACCAGCCACUGACUGGGGCCUACACGGUGACCCUGGAUGGACGAGGGCCCUCUCGGGUCAUCUCCAAACAUGACCUGGGCCACUUCAUGCUGAGCUGUCUCACCACCGACAAGUAUGAUGGGCACAACACCUACCCCUGCCACCAGUAUGACUAGGGCUCCGGCCCCAUCCAGGAGUAAAGCAUUCUGGGAACAAAGGAAGGACAGCCUGGAAGUCAGGGAGCAAUGAAUCUUGAGCCAAGAGCUUGAAAUUACUCUA